UCCAAAAAAGAACGUGCAUCAAAGUUUCACCAGUUUUCUAUAGAUCCAUUGUUUUGAUCGAUCUGUCACCUCUCUCUCUCUGGACUUUGCUCUCGGAAUAAUUUCAUUGCAGAGCUCCGCAUACUGGAAGGGGUGAUGGGUAAUCGCGUUGUUUUGGUUUGAUCUAGUGAGGGAAGGUUGCGAUCAGCGAUGUCAGGAGGCCAGCCAUCGGGCUCGGGUCAACCCGACAAAGAUCCAUCCGUUCGACAAUUUGUUGCGAAUGGGGUUUCCAUGCAAACAAGUGAAGUUGAGGCAAAGCUUGAUGAGGGCAAUAUUCAAGAGGCUGAAUCUGCUUUAAGAGAUGGCUUAUCACUCAAUUUUGAGGAAGCAAGGGCCCUUCUUGGAAAGUUGGAAUAUCAACGAGGAAAUGUUGAAGGUGCUUUACGAGUCUUUGAUGGUAUUGAUCUUCACGCAGCCAUACAAAGGAUGCAACAAUCUCUAGGUGAUAAGCCUACUACUACUAGUACCAAAAAGGGCCGUACUCGCAGCGAUUUAGGAUCUGUAGUCUCACAGCAUGCCACUAACCUUGUGCUUGAGGCCAUAUAUCUAAAAGCUAAAUCUCUUCAGAAGCUGGGGAAGUUAAGUGAGGCGGCUGAAGAGUGCAAGAGUGUGCUUGAUGCAGUAGAGAAGCUAUUCCCUGAUGGAAUUCCUGAUGUGUUGGUAGAAAAUAAGCUUCAAGAAACUGUAAGCCAUGCUGUCGAACUUCUCCCAGAGUUAUGGAAACAAGCUGGACACUAUACUGAAGCGAUGGGUGCCUACCGCCGUGCCCUACUAAGUCAAUGGAACGUUGACAACGAUCGAUGUGCAAGGAUUCAAAAAGCAUUUGCAGUUUUCUUGCUGUACAGUGGGUUUGACGUCAGUCCACCCAGUUUAGCUUCUCAGGUCGAGGGUUCAUAUGUACCUAAGAAUAAUCUGGAAGAGGCCAUUUUACUUUUAAUGAUUGUUAUGAGAAAGUUUUGCCUUGGUAAAGCCAAGUGGGAUCCCUCAGUCCUAGAACACCUUACUUUUGCUCUAUCUAUAUGUAACCAAACUUCGGUUUUAGCAAAGCAGCUUGAAGAGGCCAUGCCCGGAGCAAUGCAUCGUAUCGAGCGAUGGAAAGCUAUGGCAUUGGCCUUAAAUGGAGCUGGACAGAAUAAUUCUGCCAUAGAACUACUGAGAAAGUCAUUACAUCCACACGAGGAACCAGAUGAUAUCAUGUCCUUGCUGCUUGCAGCCAAAAUAUGCAGCGAGAAUAUUGUUUUUGCUGCAGAGGGAGUCAAAUAUGCACAGAAGGCAAUAAUUAAUGCGCUCGAAUCAAAACCACAUUUAAAAGGUGUUGGCCUCCGUAUGUUGGGCCUUUGCUUAGGAAAACAAGCAAAAAAUUCUUCCUCAGAUUCUGAGAGAUCUCGUCUUCAGUCUGAGGCUCUGAAAUCAUUAGACAGUGCAUUAGCCUUAGAGCCUGAAAACUCUGAUCUCACAUUUGAGUUGGGAAUUCAAUAUGCUGAACACCGGAAUCUCGAUGCAGCUUUUCGAUAUGCCAAACAGUAUUUAGAUGUGACAGGUGGAUCUAUGAUAAGAGGCUGGAGACUUCUUGCUUUGGUUCUAUCUGCCCAACAGCGCAUUUCGGAGGCUGAAGUGGUUACUGAUGCCGCAUUGGAUGAAACUUCGAAGUGGGAUCAAGGACCACUCCUGAGGAUGAAAGCAAAGCUAAAAGUUUCUCAGUCACUGCACAAGGAUGCGAUUGAGACUUACCGCUAUCUUCUUGCCUUGGUACAAGCCCAAAGAAAAACUUGUGGAGCUCUUGCAAGUGCACCUCAGGUGGAGGAUGGGAAUGCAAAUGAAUAUGAAGUUUGGCAUGGACUUGCAAAAUUAUACUCUAUUCUUUCUCAUUGGAAGGAUGCAGAGGUAUGUUUGGGGAAAGCCAGAACGCUGAAAGAGUAUUGUCCAGAAACACUGCACACAGAAGGUGUUAUGCAUGAAAAACAAGGGCGUAUAAAUGAAGCUUUGGCUUCGUAUAUCAAUGCCCUUUUGCUGGAACCAAAAUACGUACCUUGCAAGAUUCUAAUUGGCUCGGUUUUGUCUAAAAUGGGACCCAAGAUGUUGCCUGUGUCUAGAACUCUACUUUCAGAUGCAUUGAGGAUUGAACCCACCAACUCCAUGGCUUGGUACCAGUUAGGCAUAGUUCACAAGGUUGAUGGGCGGAUGGCUGAUGCUGUCGAUUGUUUCCAGGCAGCAUCGAUUCUUGAAGAAUCUGAACCAAUCGAGAGUUUCAGUUCCAUCUCUUGAUUUUUUUCUAACCAAAUCCAAAACUGCUACGACCUUCAGAGCUAUCCGUUACUGGCAAACCCUGUAAUUGUUCAUUGUUGAGAGGUAAAAAAAUGAUGGAAGAAAAUAAUAUAGAAGAGAAAUUGAUAGAAUUUUUGGAAUUGUAAUUUGCACCGUUAUGUAGUAGGUCGUUUUUUGAAGAGUCGGCUCCCUUAAUAUUAUUACAA